AUGAAGCUCGCUAUCAUUCUCCGUCAUCUGGCAACAGGAGAUAGCUAUGCAACCCUUCAAUAUGAUUUCCGGGUAGCCAGAACCACAGUAGUCCUAGUAGUGAGAGCAGGAUGCGAUGCACUGGCGAUGGAGCUGAAACAUGACCUGAUUGAUUGUCCUGUUGAUAGUGACGCUUGGGAACGCGUUGCCGAGGAGUUCAAGUCGCGAUGGAAUGUUCCACAUGCAUGUGGAGCUCUGGAUGGGAAACAUGUUGCCAUCAAAAAGCUUCCACAGACAGGGACCAUGUACCAUAACUACAAAGGCUUUUUCUCAAUCGUCCUUAUGGCCUUGGUAGAUGAAAACUAUAAGUUUAUGUGGAUAGAUGUUGGUGGUUUGGGAAGCCAGUCCGAUGCUCAGAUCUACAACCAGUCCGAACUGAAAGAAUGUUUGGAAGACGGCUCUAUUGGACUUCCUCCUCCGUCACCCUUGCCAAACGAUGACCAGGAUUUCCUAUACUUUCUGCUAGGAGAUGAUGCAUUUGGCCUUCGCUCAUUCCUCAUGAAGCCAUUAUCGGACCGUACUCUGACAAGAGAGGAACUGAUUGCCAACUACAGGAUUUCCAGAGCAAGAUGUGUGGUAGAAAAUGCCUUCGGUAUUUUGGCACAUCGUUGGAGAGUCCUCUUGGCAACGAUGCAACAGAUGCCACUGACUGCACAGGUUAUCAUUGAAUCGUGUGUGUGCCUUCAUAACUUCAUCCGUAUUCGAAACCCGGCUAUUCAGAACAUUCAAUUAGAUAACGAAGAUGGUGCCCACAACCUCGUACCUGGUUUAUGA